AUGGACGACUACCUCGCGGACGAUGAACGUAUCGGCAGGCUCAUCUGUGUCGCCAUCGACCCUGCUGGCAAACCCCUGACAUCCGUGCCGAACAAGUCGCGGGUCUGCACUUCCCCGCGACGCCUGUGGAAAGCGGGAAUCAUCACCCAGUGCACCAUCGUUCGGGGGAGGAAGGUCUACUUCGUCCACAAGGGUGAUUUCGCGGACUGGGAGACCGCGCACGAGGUGUUGGAGAGGAACGACAGGAAAGGAAUAGAGAACCCCCACUUCUCAGAUUACCUCGACAUCAUCAAACUCGAGAAGCUUGGACUGGUGAAGUACCUUGACGAGGAGGAAUGGCCCGGGUACUCGUCGCAGGAGAUGGGUACGACGAGACACACGGAGGGCGCGUGCGCCAUCUGCUGA